AUGCGAUGGAACAAGAAGAACGUUAUCAAUCUCGUCUCCAAAUCCAAUCAUCUUCCGGCGCCGAUUACUCCGCCGUCGCCGGAGAUUUACCGAUUACCUCAUCCUCCACCACAACUUCCGAAGAUCUCGAUUCCUCCGACUCUUACUCUCUCUCCAUCUCCACGACACUCCAAUUUCAUCAAUUUCCUCGAAAACAAUCUCCCUCACCACCAAACCCUAACUCCACAAUCUCUAAUCGGAUUCCUCCGUUCCAAGCUCCGUCACCAUCCACUCUUCGCUCAUUAUGACUUCUCCGUCUUCAAUUGGGCCGCCACGCUCGACACUUUCCGACACGAUCACGAAACUUUCCUAUGGAUGUCGAGAUCACUCGCCGCCACGCACCGAUUCGACGAUCUUUACCGUCUCCUCUCUUUUAUCGCGGCGAAUCCGUGUCCUUGUUCCUCAGGUAUCUUCUCUUGUCCAGAGCUCGAACCUAUUUUCCGAUCCGCCAUUGAUGCGUACUGUAGAGCUGGGAAAAUGGAGUAUGCUUUGUUAGGGUUUGAUACCAUGAAGAGAUUGAUUGAUGGUAAACCAAAUGUUGGAGUUUACAAUAUUGUCAUGAAUGGGUUUGUGAAAUCUGGUGAUAUGGACAUGGCUUUAAGGUUUUACCAGAGGAUGAGAUUGGAAAGAGCAAAGCUUGAUGUAUGCACAUUCAACAUUCUUAUCAAUGGUUAUUGCAGGAGUGAUAAAUUCGAUAUGGCUUUGGAUCUGUUCAGAGAGAUGAAGGAGAAAGGUUGUGAACCGAAUGUGAUUAGCUUCAACACUCUGAUUAGAGGGUUCUUGGGGAAGGGUAAAAUCGAGGAAGGUGUUAAGAUGGCUUACGAGAUGAUUGAGUUAGGUUGUAGAUUCUCGGAAGCUACUUGUGAGAUUCUGGUUGAUGGGUUGUGUAGAGAAGGUAGGGUAGAUGAUGCUACGGGAUUGGUGAUCCAUCUUUCGAUCAAGAGGGUUUUACCGAACGAGUUUGAUUACGGUAGUUUAGUUGAGAAACUCUGCGGAGAAAAUAAGGCGGAUAGAGCGAUGGAGAUGGUGGAAGAGCUGUGGAAGAAUGGUCAGAUCCCAUGUUUGAUCGCUUGUACUACACUCGUCGAAGGGUUGAGGAAAUCAGGAAGAACAGAGAAAGCAUCAGAGUUUAUGGAGAAGAUGAUGAACAUAGGCAUCCUUCCCGAUAGCGUGACCUUUAACUUGCUUCUACGGGAUCUCUGCGAUUCUGGUCAUUCAAUUGACGCAAACAGAUUGAGACUAUUGGCAUCGAGCAAAGGAUAUGAACCCGAUGAGACAACAUACCAUGUAUUGGUUUCGGGAUUCACGAAAGAAGGUAGAAGAAAGGAAGGAGAAGAUUUGGUGAACGAGAUGUUGGAUAAAGACAUGUUGCAUGAUAUAUUUACAUAUAAUAGAUUGAUGGAUGGCUUUUCCCAUGUCAGAAAGUUCUCGAGCUAG